AUGGUGUCCUUCCGCGAGGUACUUUUCGCUCAAGCCAGCCUGCUUCAGGGUGCCUUAGCUUGUGGUUUUCAUGCAGGUCUCUCUCCUACUGAGAAUCCCCUCCUCCGUCGUUCGGAAGUGCCUGAGCUUCCCACGAAGAAAAUCCUCAUUCAAAACGUUCAAGUCUUCGAUGGGCAUGUCAUCUUGCCUCCUCGAGACAUUGUGAUUGAUGGAAGCAUCAUUGGCAAUGACUCUACAGAUCCAGACGAGAUAAUCGACGGUCAUCAUGGCUUUCUGAUUCCUGGCCUCAUCGACAGCCAUACACACGUGCAGCAGAUUUCGCAUAUGGAAGACCUCAGUCGCUACGGAGUCACGACUGCUUUCAACAUGAAUUGCAUGAACUUCACCAAAUGUGAAAUCUUCAAGUCUCAGGUCGGCCUUACAUCGAUCUUCACGGCUGGGGUGCCCAUCAUUGCACCAAAUAGCGACCACGCGAGAACAACCCCGAUUUCGGAGUCGAUGCUCAUCACCGAUGUGUCACAGGCUGACUUGUAUGUUGGCUGGGCCGUUGCAAACGGGUCUGACUUUAUGAAGAUCGUGAGCGAGGAGAACGGCCCGACGCAGGAGAUGCAGGACGCUGCUGUACAAGCCUCGCACAGCCGCGACAUCCAAUCCUCGACUCACGCGAGUUGGGGAAUACCCUAUCAACAAGCUAUACAGUCCAAGACGGACAGUAUUCAUCAUAUCUUCGGGGAAUCUCUGCUCGCAAAAAAAUGGUUACUCCGCAUGAAGGCCCAAGCACAGUUCAGUGUGCCAACCUUGACGGUAAUGCGGUAUGUGAGCGAGAAUCCAAUCGCUAGGGAGUUCUUACACGGCACCGUCGAGACAAACCAGACCUAUCCGAUCUACCGGGAGAAUGUCAAGAGGCUGCAUCAAGCCAGAGUUCCCGUUGUUGCAGGCACGGAUGCUGUCGGGUACGUGGAGGGCCUCUUUGACAUGCCUCACGGGGUGAAGCUGCACGAGGAACUCGAAAACCUAGUUGAGGCUGGAAUGACGGAGAUUGAGGCAUUGCGUGCUGCGACAAGCUUGCCAGCAGAGCUGCAAAAUCUAUCCGACCGUGGGGUCAUUGCUCCGGGAAGACGCGCCGACUUGAUUCUGCUGAACAGCGAUCCGUUCGUCAACAUUAGCAACACCAAGGACAUCAACAGGGUUUGGAUCCAGGGCAUUGAAUAUCCUGACGUUGCUAAGCUGGCAUGA